AUGUGGGCUGAUAAUUUAAGAAAUAAAAAAGCUGAAGAACAACAAAAAAAAGUUGAUGAUAAUAAAUAUGAAAUUCUUAGUAAUUAUGAUGAUGAUGAAGAACAAUCUAAUGAAGACGAUGAAGAUUCUAAUGAAUAUGCUAAUGAAUAUGAUGAUUACAUACAAAAUUGGCUCCUUUCUUGGACAAGACCUAGCGGUAACCGACCUGUGGAAGAUCUAAAAAAUGAUCCCAACGUUUGGCAAAUGUCUAAUGCCGAAAGAGUAACUUUGUAUGAACAUUGGAAAGAGGAUAUUAAAUCUGAAUCUUUUGAUGAGCUUGACAAAAUUCAAAAAAUGUAUGAAGCGAAAAAAAAGGAAGUUGAAGAGAUUUAUGAUGAAGGCCGUCGUCAGAUUCUUCGAAACUGUGAUGUAAUAGGAAUGACAACAAAUGGAGCAGCCAAAUUUCAAACUUUAAUUCGUUCUAUUGAAAAAUCGCAAUUGCACACGCAAAGAAGAAUGAGAAAAGAAGUUUCUGACUUAAUUCGGUUUACACUAUAUGAAAAACUCAUUGAUGAUGAAAAAAUCGUUAAUUACCCAGAUGUACGCGGUGCUCAGAAAAAUGUCUAUUUUAUGGAUCAUCGUUAUGCUGAAGAUUCAGGAGAAAAUGAUUUUGCAAUAAAUUCACAUUCAAACGCCUUUGAGGUGGAAAUGGUAGUAGAACUUGUUAAGUAUUUCGUUCGCAAUGGCUACAAUAAACCAAAUCAAAUUGCGGUGUUGACUCCAUAUCUCGGACAACUAAUUAAAAUAAGAGACGCACUGCAAAAAUCAUUUGUUGUGAUAAUUGACGAACGUGAUGAUCAAUUGAUUACUAAUAUGGAGGAAAGCAUGGAUGCUGAAAAUGAAAAGAAUGAAAAUACAGAUAGCGGGCAAACAACUUUCACUACUGCUUCAGAAAAGAAGUUGUCUCAACAAGUUGUUCUUCGUACAGUUGACAAUUUUCAAGGAGAAGAAGCCGAUAUAGUGAUUGUGUCGCUUGUUCGUAAUGCCGGAAAUGUGAAUCGUGGAAAUAUUGGAUUUUUGAAGUCAACGAAUCGUUCUAAUGUUCUAUUGUCACGUGCCAAACAUGGCAUGUACCUUUUGGGAAAUUCAGAACUUAUGGAAAAGCAUUCAGAAUUUUGGAGAAAAGUUUUGCUAAUUUUACACGAAC